GCAGCGGCGAUGAUCUGGAUCCCUUUGAUCGGCGCGGUGGCGGCGUGCGCCGUAUCCCUAGCGCUAACCGCCUACGUGAUCUCUGUCUCGCACCGACUUCGACUCUAUGACCAGCCCGACCACCGCAAGGUACAUCGCCAAGCGACGCCGCGUCUUGGUGGCGUAGGGAUCAUCGGCGCCGCACUGUUAGUGGGCGUGCCCCUGUUCGCCUGCUUGGUGGAUCCCUCGACUGAAGGGGGGUGGGUUGAGUUGAAGCACUACUCGGCCCUCGCUAUUGGGGCCUUGUUCGUCUUUGUUAUGGGCGUGCUAGACGAUCUUUGGGAAGUCUCAUCACGGCUUAAGCUGAUCACCUUGCUGGCGGCGUCGUGCGUGUUCUGCGCUUCGGGCGCCGGGCUUGGUGAGGUGGUCUAUGACUUCCAAGCCGCCAUCCGCUUUCCGUGGCUGUCGUGGAUCCUCACGGCGGCUUGGAUCACCGGUAUGGCUGUUGCGUUCAACUUCAUCGAUGGGCUCGACGGACUAUCGGGCGGGUUGGCGUUGAUGGCGUUUGGGGUGCUGGCCUACUUUCAGCUCGACGCCCACCACUAUGCCGCGGCCGUUGCGCCCUUGGUGAUGGCGGGGGCGAUAGCCGGUUUCCUCCAUUUCAACCGACCGCCGGCGCGUACCUUCAUGGGCGAUGGCGGGAGUCUCACCAUCGGUUAUCUGAUCGGCGCGAUGACAAUUGCCGCUAACGCCGAGCCAAGACCAGGCACGAUGCGUGCGAUGGUUGUUCCGAGCCUGGCGAUGAGCGUCGCGCUCGUCGAUACCGCUCUCACGCUGUUUCGCCGGAGGUACGAACAGCGCCGCUCAUUGUUCACCGCUGAGCGAGGCCACAUCCAUCACCGACUGCUAGAUCGUGGUCUACACCCACGCCAAGCCGUGCUGUUGAUCCAUGCCGUGUCAGCCAUGGCCGUCGCUAUCGGGGUCUGCUCGCUGCCGCUCGUGGGAUGGUCGACCCUCGGUGGGCUGGCGCUGGUGGUUCCUCUGCUGUGGGGGCUGUUCCACGCGGCUGGCUCGGUGCGGACGACACAGAUGAUCUCCGCAAUCCGCAGCAAACGAGAGAUUGACCGUGACUCUCGACGUCACCGCAACGCCUGCGAAGCCUUACAGCUCGAGUUCGAUAGCGCCAAGACUUUCAGCGAGUGGUGGCAGACCGUUUGCGACGCCGCCGAGCAACUGCGCUUCGCCCGCAUUGAAAUGCCGAUUGCCAAGGCCAUGAACGGCGAACCAAUGACCUUCCGAUGGGUGAACGCCGAAGGCGACGGCGAGAUGGAGGAUGUCGGUCGGUCGAUCGACGCCAAGCUUCCUAUUUGCACCGACGCGGAAGUGACCAACUUUGCUGAAGUUCGAGUGCCGGUCGGCUCCUCACUAGAAUCGGCCAGCGAGCGUCUGGCGCUCUUCUCACGGCUGAUGUCCGACAGUGGCUGCGCUGCGCUUCGCCGAAUCCAGCGUAUGGAAGAGCCUCCAUGCCACGCAAUCGCGGCGCAGCCCCGCGGUGAGUUCAGCGACCUACGUGUGGCAGUUGUCCAUGACUUCUUCUACACCUACGCCGGCGCUGAACGUGUCGUCGAACAAAUCAUCCGUGUCGUUCCACAAUGCGAUGUCUUCGGGCUAUUCGAUUUUGUUCCCAACGAGAGUCGUGGCUUUCUCUGUAGCAAGCCUGUGAGCACGACGUUCCUGCAGCGAAUGCCGUUGGCUCGGAUCAAGCACCGGGCGUACCUGCCGUUGAUGCCGCUCGCUAUCGAGCAGCUCGACGUAUCGGACUACGACCUCGUGAUUUCCAGCUCGUACUUGGCUGCCAAAGGGGUGAUCACCGGGCCCGACCAGACGCACGUUUGCUAUUGUCACAGUCCCGCGCGGUACGCCUGGGACUUGCAGCACCAGUACCUCCGCGAAGCCGGUCUCGGCUUCGGCCCCCAAGGGAUUCUCGCACGGACCAUCCUCCAUUACUUGCGAAACUGGGACGUGCGGACGGCGCUCGGCGUCGACCAUUUUUUGGCGAACAGUCGAUUCGUCGCCCGCCGCAUUAGUAAGUUCUACCGACGUGAAGCGGUGGUGAUCCACCCACCGGUGGAUGUCGAUACAUUUGUUCCCUCCGUCGAUGUUCGCGACGAUUAUUAUCUCACCGCCAGCCGACUUGUCGGCUACAAAAGGAUCGACGUCAUUAUCGAGGCGUUCAAUCGCACCCCCGACCGUAAGCUGAUCGUCGUCGGCGACGGCCCCGAGCGACGGCGACUCGAACGCUUGGCAGGAUCAAACGUUGUCCUCCGCGGUCAGCUUGGUAAGGCGUCGCUUGUUCGUCACUUGCAACGGGCGCGGGCCUUUGUGUUUGCUGCGGAAGAAGACUUCGGGAUCGCCCCGGUCGAGGCCAUGGCGUGCGGCACGCCGGUGAUCGCGUUUCGCAAGGGCGGCGUCACCGAGUCGCUCGAAGAAGGUAAGGCUGGAAUAUUCUAUGACGAGCAAUCCGCCGACUCGCUACUGGAAGCAAUCGAGCGAUUCGAGUCACAGGGGCCUCUCAACGAGAUUGAUCGGAUCGCGACGCGUCGCAGAGCGGAACAAUUCUCGAACGACGCCUUUGUUGAGCAUCUCACUUCUUUCCUUAGAGAAGUGACUGGCAACGGUCAUCGUCGCGCCGGCGCCUCUCGCCGCCUUGAAGACCGUCUCCCGCGAGCGAUCGAGAGCCGCCAUUGCUCGACGGAAGACGUCGGCCAGACUUUGCCAGAAGCUCCAGGCGAGCUGCCGCCCAUCGAUGACGUAUUCCCAGGCACGGAUCAGUAG